GGCAGCGCGGAGGCGGGCGACGCCGCGGACUCGCGGCACCUGCGGCGGCAGGGCGCGGCGGCGACGGUGCGCGCGCGCUUCUCCGCCCUGCUCCGCCACACGCGCGGGGAGGUCGCAACGGUCGCCGCGGACGACGGCAAGGAGGACGACUCCGCGAAGCCGAAGCUCCACUCCUCGAAAUCGUUCCCGAAGCACGGGUCCUUCGACCGGCUCGAGGACGCGCCCAACGCGGAGCGCCGCGAGUCGCACCUCAACGCCCAGACGCUCAUCCGCAUGAAGCUCUGGUCGAAGAAGGCCGUCAUCGCCGCGACGCGCCGCGACUGGGUCACGAUGGACGGCUUCGACAGCGUCCACGGCGACGACGACGACGAGUCGAGCCCGCCCAUCCCCGAGGACUCGCCCGACGCGGCGGGCCGCGUCCUCUCGCCGGGCGCGUCGAAGCGGUCGCUCGCGUCGCCGCACCACCGGGGCAAGGGGCCCCAGCUGGGCGCUGCCAUCGCCCGCAUGGACUCGCUCUCCGCCGACAUCUCGCGCAACGCCACCGACGUCGCCGAGCUCCGCGACGCGCAGCGCGCGACGCUCGAGGCCGUCGGCAAGCUCGCCGCCGCCGCCGCGCCGCGGCCGGCGCCGGCCGGCGACUCGCGGGGCGCCGGCGCGCCGGACCCGGCGCUCGUGGCGCGCAUCACCGAGGCCGUCCUCGUCGCCCUCGAGCGGGACAAGACCGAGGACUUCGAGGCCGAGCAGGACGAGGCGCUCGGCGAGCUCUCCGACGCCGUCGGGCGCCUCCACGCCAUGGGCCUGAACAUCAACGAGGAGCUCGAGUCGCAGAACGCGCUCCUCGACGACGUCGAGGCGAGCAUCGACGAGGUCGACGACGGCCUGCGGAUGCUCACGCGGAAGACGGAGGAGCUCGUGAGGAAGGCGGGCGGGAAGCGGUGGUGCGCGCUGCUCACGGGGCUGUCCAUCACGGCGGUCGUGCUCUUCUACCUCGUCGUCUUCUUCUAA